AUGCGCGCGUUCGUGAUGUCGGCGCGCUUGCACUCCACCGCCGGAAAGCUUUCUGAGGCAAUCUCGUGGCUUGGAGACACUUCACAGUUUGGUGUCAGCAGGGUGAUGGACAUCUGCCGGGCGAGCUCGACGACCCUGGACGUGGACGCUGGUCCUAUUCCUAGCCGUGUAUCAUUCCAGAAUAUUGAAGACCUACAGAACGCUAACAACCACGUUGGAAGCACCACCCUGUCAGAUCCAUCUGUAGCUACAGAUAUUUUCAAUGCCCGCGAAGGCGACACUUUAACGCACAUCGUUUUCAACGUGUCCCUGCAUUCUUCCCGGUGGAACCAGCGCGUCUUUUUACCGCUGAUCGAUCUGGCGACAUCGACGGAGUUCAAAAACAGCCCCCUGCGUAGCGAGACGAAUGUUCUGUUCUCUACGCUAUACAAGCUGGACCAGGCGGACGGGCUGUGGCCUAGGGUGUUCGAUGAGCUUUCGAAGCUCACAACACGCGGUUCCGUCCGAGACUUGAGCUACACGGCCUUCCAUCGCGACCGCGAUAAGCAGAUCAGCGGCGUGUGGGAGCCGGUGACGUGGGUGGAUGUGGUUCUGCCCAUCGCAAGGUUCAUGGUUGAGGUGACGAAGCGGUUCCGCGACGCUGUUCUGCUCGACACUGCGUUUCAGAAGGCAGCGACGGAAACUCUGCCCAAACUGAUAGCAGCGUGGAAGACCGCGGGAGGACGUGGCGGAGACCCACCGCCUUCUCGGACCCAGCUGCUAGAGGUCGACGACGCGAUGGCAAACCUCGACAGGGUGAUGGGUGCGACGCUGCAGAUCCUCCGGGCGUCCGAGGUAGCCAGGGCCGAGCGAGAGAACGAAAAGCUAGGCCGCAACGCUCGCUCGGAACUGUUCAACCUGUCCGAUUCUCAGGGACAGACAGAGGGCGCGACGUACGAUGGUCCUGGCGUUUUCAGCAGGCUCCAAGUCAAGCGGCACGACAACGACGCGGAGAGGAUCUCCGAGAUCUCCGUCGCGCCUACCGCCGGGGAGAUCCUUUGUGAGAGGCCUCCCUACGUGCCCCGCAAUGCGCCCUCCACGUGGGAUGGGAUGAAUCACCUAAAGCCUCUCGCGCCAGACUCUCCAGCCCCGGUGUUGGACACGCACUUCCGCCUCCUCCGGCAGGACUUCGUCGAGCCUUUGCGCGAGGCAGUGCUGGGCUACCGCAGGGAGCAGCUCAAGGCGCAAGACAACAGAGUCGGCGGCGGGGUCGGCGGCGGGCGUGGAGGCGUUUUCAAGGCCCAGACAGAGGGCGGGAGGUCCUUCCUGAACCUGUUCGUCUUCAAGAACGUUCGGGUCGCCGGCAUCUCAGGGACAACAUACGGAGGAGUGAACGUGUCUCUGGAGUUCGACAAGCCGGAUGCGGUGAUGAACAUGUCGCAGACCAAGCAGAGAGACCACUGGGAGAAGUCUGGUCGACUCGCCGUCGCCAACAUGGUGGUGAUCUGCGAGGCCCAUGUUACGGCUGCCGACGACACUGCGAACGAGGGUGAUUCCUCCCCUCCCCUGCUUGUUUUCGCCGUCAUCUCGGAGCGAGACGUGAGGAAACUUUCGGGGCCGAGCCCCAGGGCGGAGAUAGGCGUUUCCUUCGACACCAGCGCCGGCACGGUUGCGGCGUUGGAGAGCUUGCUCGAUCUCGGUGGACGGACCUCUGACGGCCGUCUUCUGAUGUUACAGCCGUCAAACUCCUACUUCGCCUACAGGCCGAUCCUGCAAGUCCUUAAGAGUCCGGCGCGAGAGGUGCUUCCCUUCGCGGACACGCUGCUACCGCCCUCAGCCGCAGCCGCGGCUGGCGCCACAGCUCGAGAAGCUAUCGAGCCAAAACCUCCGAGUCCAACGCGUGGGGGAAACGCCGAGGCAUCCCUGGACGCCCUGAGGUCCGUCAGCAUGCUCGAUCGGGAACGGUUCCCCAUGACCGAGCUGUUGGAACAUACGACGCUUGACCAGGCUCAACUUGAGGCUCUUUGCGCGGCACUCUCCCACGAGGUGGCCCUCAUCCAAGGACCCCCGGGGACCGGCAAGACGUAUGUCGGGGCGAAGGUUGUCCGGCUCCUGCUCACCAACAGACGCAUGCUGGGUCACUGGACGGGCCCGAUCAUGUGCGUCUGCCUCACGAACCACGCCCUGGACCAGUUCCUGUGCGACCUCUUAGACGCCGGAGUCGACGGCAUCUGGGCGGGCGAGGUCACGGCGAUCACGGCCAACUUUCGCGAUGCCAACAGGAGCAACACGGAAGCGUUGCACAGGCUUCUCGUAAACCACGCGCCUCUCGUCUUUGAGGAGGCCAUCGUCAACGGCAGCAAGAACCCUGUGGUUGACGAGGAUGGCUGGCAAACGGUAGGAAAGAUGUCCAGCGGUAUCAAGGACUGGCUGGCGGGUAAGACCAACCACGACGUCAGCGGUCGUACGCUGAGGAAGGCGAGCCUGCCCGACGCGCAGGGCGGCAAGGUCGUCGGGACCAAGGAAACGAAGAGGCGCGACCAGCAACGAGCGUUGGACCGUCGCCCUGCCGCCACGGCUCCUUGUCCUGAUGCUCGACGUGGUGCUGGUGCUGCUUCGUCAGUCAGCUUACCGUCGGAACCACUCCCUAGCGCAGAUGUUACCCGGGCCGGCGAAAGCACGCAGACCACGGAGGACCUCGACGACGACGACGUAGUCGCUGAAGGGAAGGAAAGCGCCGGCGCCGACUUCAGGGCUACCAACCAAGGCGAAGACCACAUUGCCACCGGGAUAGCGCGCUCGGUGGCCGCGGGGAACCCCUGGCUCGCCCUGGCCGAUCUCAACUACGACAGCAGCGGUGGCAGUUCCGACUGUUCCUCAAUGUCAGGUGGCGAAUCGACGUUCGAUUUGUUUGAGGUUGCAGCGGAGCCAAAGAACACUCUCUCGGGCGGCGGCGUGAGCGACGAUGGCACCUCUUCGUGGUCGUUCGCCAACAGUGGUUUGGCUCCCAUGGCGGACGGAGAUGAGAGGGAGAUGUUCGAAAGCGAAGAGACAGAUUACGACGAGGCAGGCCACGUUGACGGUGGACAUCUAGAAGCGAAGGGUACUUCCCCGAGCAGUGAGACCCACGCCGACGGGGUCCAUCCUCCCGCGGCCCUUCCACCCACACCCGCUACAUCUGGAGCGCGGCAUCAGCCCCAGAACCACCACCAGCAGCACGAGGAGCACGCCCGAAGGUUCGCGCCCGGGCGUGGUUGGUCUGGGCACGGGCGCGGGCAUGGCACCGCCGUCCACGUCCGUUUCGCCGCGGGGCCGGACGAUAUCGGUGGUCCCGAGUUCGGCGCCGGCCGCGGCAAGCGUGACGACGUAGAGAUGAAGGCAGGGGAAACGUCGCUCGGCAACAGCGAGGGGGGCGGCAGCAGUCUGGACGAGGACGACGACGGACAUGGGGGCUCUACAAGCGAUGGACAGGAGCGGGGUAGCGGUGACGAGGGAGAAGAAGAGGCGGAUUAUGUCGCGUCAUCAAUGAGCGAAGACGCCCAAAGCGAAAGCGAUGACGACGAGGAUUCCGAAGACGGCUCCAGCGAGCAAGGAGAUCCAGCAGAUGCCAGUCCCACCCCUCCAGCCGGUGCCGUGGAUGGUCUGAAUGCCUACAAUAUCAUCGUGUCGGCGGUCCUAAACGGACGGAGCGUGUGGGCGCUUUCUCCCGAGGAGCGACGGACGCUCUGCCAUCAUUGGCAACAGACCGAGGCAGCGGCUUCGAGGGAGCGCCUUGCUGGAAUGAUUGAAGAUUUCUUCUCCCUCUGGGAGAGGCAUGACAACCACAAGACCCAGGGAGAGCUGGCCGUGCUGCAGGAGGCCAACGUCGUGGGCAUGACCACCACCGGGGUCGCCAUGCACCAGAGCCUGGUCGAGGCGCUAGGAGCUACCGUUGUUGUCGUCGAGGAGGCCGCAGAGGUAAUGGAGGCGCACAUCCUUGCCGUGCUGACGCAGUCGACCCAGCACCUCAUCCUCAUAGGCGACCAUUUGCAGCUGCGGCCAAAAGCAGAGGUGUACCGCCUGACCAAGGAAUCAAGGAAGGGCUUCGAUCUCGACGUGUCCAUGUUUGAGAGGUUGGUGGAAGAGCGCCGAGUUCCCGUCCACGAUCUAGCGACGCAGCGGCGCAUGCGACCGGAGAUCGCCGACCUUAUUCGACCUGCCGUGUACCCGAAUCUCAAGGACGCACGCCAGGUGCAGAAAUAUCCUCCGGUGAAGGGAAUGCGGCGCAACCUUUUCUUCUGGGACCACGCGGUACCCGAAGACAAGUCUGGCACUGUCGCCAGCUCCAAGACGAACAGGCACGAGGCCAAGCUUGUGUCAGGACUGGUGCAGUACCUUCUCAAGCAAGGCUACACAGAUCAUGGGGACAUCACUGUUCUCACUCCGUACCUCGGGCAGCUCUUUGUGCUCAGGGACGUGGUUGGGAACUCCAGCGUCCUGCACGUUCAGGUAAACGAGCGAGACAGUGCCAAGCUGGACGACAUGACUGAGGCUGACAGCAAAGGGAAGGAUGGUCAGCCAAACACCCGAGGGUUCGAUGAUACUUCUGAUGUCGACGGCGGCACCAAUGCCCUGCCGUUUGUAGAGGUUGCAAACAAGAGGGUGGGCAGCAUGGUCCGUAUGGCAACCGUUGACAACUUCCAGGGGGAAGAGAGCAAGAUUAUCAUCAUGAGCCUGGUCCGGUCCAACCGCAACGCUGACAUCGGCUUCUUGCGAUCCUCUAACAGGGUCAACGUUGCGUUGUCUCGAGCGCAGCAUGGCAUGUACAUCAUCGGGAACGCAGGUGAGAGCCAGGAGAGUGCGCGGCGCACGAAAAAAUUUGUUAUCCUACCAUUCAGCAUGCUCGAGUCGAAACGCGGGACCAUGUGGUCGGAGUCGGUCAUUCCUAUCCUACGGGAGAAGGGCGCCAUCGGCACCACGCUCGAGCUGCAGUGCGCCCGUCACAAGGACUCCAUCACGGUCAUCCACAAGUAUGAAGAGUUCGCCUCCCUCGCGGGGGAUGGAGGCUGCAGCCGGGCAUGCUCCUCUCGUUUGCCGUGCGGGCACGCAUGCUUGAGAAGGUGUCAUCCGGAUGACCCCCAUCACCUCGGCGUGCGUUGCAGCGAGCCGUGCCCCCGCCUCCUGCAGCCGUGCGAGCACCCUUGCCAGCGGCUGUGCGGGGACGAGUGCGGCCCUUGCUACCAGAGGGUGGAUGUGGUCGGUCUACCCUGCGGCCAUGAAAUGCUGUGCCCGCCCACUCUGGUUGUCUGGGUUCGUUCCAUCGACAGGUGCGGCGAACCGGUGGAGCUCAAGGUCCCCGGCUGUGGGCAUGAGAUCAAAGGUCGAUGCACGGCCACCAGGGAUAUCGUCCGAAACCCCGCAAUGUGCAGUGAAACUUGCGGGAAGCCCCUGCCGUGCGGCCACUCUUGCGCGGCGACAUGUGGCAGCUGCACUCAGCUCACCCUAUCCAGGCAGAGGACUCACCACGUCAAAUGCACGACCGAGUGCGGCCGUCAUCGGGCGUGCGGGCACCGUUGCCGGCUUCCCUGCCACGAAGGAGAGCCGUGCCCCCCCUGCCCGGAGCCGUGCACCCUUUCGUGCGAGCACUCUUCUUGCGCCCAGGCUUGCAUAGACCCGUGCACCCUUUGCGCCCAGAGCUGCACGUGGCACUGCCCUCACCAGGCGGGGUCGUGUCGUCUCCCCUGCGGCGCUCCGUGUCUACGUCUGCCUUGCGACAUCCGAUGCGAGCGGAAGCUUGGGUGCGGUCACCAAUGUCCCUCGGUGUGCGGCGAGGACUGCCCCGGGUCGGAAUUCUGCAGGGAGUGCUGCAGCGUGGACACGCCCGCCAUGACGCAAGUGGUGGACAUGUUGGAGUUCACCACGCUCAAGGACCACGAUCCGUCUAUCGAUCCAAUCAUCGUGCUGGGCUGCGGCCACGCCUACACGCUCACCACCCUGGACGGCCUCCUGGGCCUCGAGUCAGCUUACGCGAAGGACGAGAAGAGCGGGAAGUGGGUCGCUCCGCUGCCGCUCGAAUCCGACUGCAGCAAGCUCAAGCUUUGCCCGGACUGCCGUGCCCCGGUGUCCGGCGUGUCUCGGUACAACCGCGUCACCAACAAAGCCAAGGCAAGACGAUGGUGUCGGUCGUUAUGA